AUGGCUUUAAAAGUUCAUACUCCCAACAAUUUUGUGAAUACCACGAAGAUCACUGAUCUCUAUCCAGAGAUCAUGCUAGCCCAUAUCUUAACCCUAAUCGAUCACUCAUCUCUAGCCUCCACUGCCCUAGCCUCAACACAGCUGCAUGCAUUGUGCAACCAUGAAUAUAUCUGGACUAAAAUUUGCAACUCCAAGUGGCAUUCGACUAAAUUUCCAGUUGUACGGGACGCCAUCUCCUCAUUCCCUGGUGGUCAUCGCUUAUUCUUCGCCGACGCGUAUCUGAUUCUUGAGUUCAGCAGUGACUAUAAGUACUUGAGCUAUAAUCAGAGGAUAAAACACCUGAUAUCUGCAGUGGAUAUACAGUUCGAACACAAGAAUGUUUAUUCGAAAGUUGAUGUCAUAGACACUACUAACGAAAGUUUCGCAAGUUCAGUUUUCGAGGUCGAGGUGCUAGACCGAACGAAGUUUGUUAGGUUACCAAUGAAGAGCGAAGAUGAGGAUGACAGUCAUAUCUCAAAUCUGAAAAUGAACAUGACAUUGAGUUGGAUCCUGAUCGAUCCAACUCAGAAACGGGCAGCUAACGUAUCCAGUCAGCUGCCCGUUUCAGUGAGGCGACACUGGAUUGGCGGUGACAUAGAGGUAAAAUACGCCAUUGUCAUGCCUCGCUAUAGCGGAGCAGGUAUGUCAGAGUUGGUGGAGAUAAGAAUAAUUGUCAUGCUCGAAUGGGAGGAAGACAAGACAAAAUUAAAGUUAAGGAAAGUGAGUCUACAAAUUCGUGACAUGGACAAUAUUUGUUUGCAAGGGAGUGAGAGUUUGAGAAUAUUGCAAGAGGCUAUUCAGUGCAGAACAAGAAUAAAAGCACAGAGGGCUGAGGUCAUCGAUAAGUACAAGAUUUUUGUGAACAAGAAAAGGGCAAGAAGAGAAGGAAGACAAAAACGAAAAAUUAAAAUAACAGGCCCACUAUUAGCUACCAUUGUUGUGGGUUUGGUUAUACUAUGUUUUCGAUGUUUUUGA